UGAUGAUGGAAACUUCAGAGAUGCUUUCUCCAUUGUAGAUGAAAUGGUUCGAUGGGGCCAGGAGCCAACUCCAGAUGUCUUUACUAGAUUGGUAAAGGGGCUUUGUGGAUCCCGAUCCCAAAUAAGAUUGUGCAACUUCCUCAUUGAAAAAGUGCCCAAGUUUUCAAAUCUGCUAAAUGAAGACGUCCUCAAUUAUCUUGUUCAGGCAUACUGUAAAAUUGGAUUGGCAGAGACAGCAAGGAUAAUUUUUGGUCAAAUGAUUCAAAGAAAUAUGAAGAUUGACAGUUCAAGCUUUACUGCUCUGAUUACUGCAUUAUGCAAGAAGGGAAAUUUGUCUGAUAAUCUGCAUGAGUGCUGGGAUAUUGCUCAGAACAGCAAAUGGCUGCCACAGUUGAAGGACUUCAGCCGUAUUAUUGAAGGUAUCGGCUACCGGGGAAUGCUGAUGGAAGCAGUAGAGCUUCUAGAAAAAUUGUUAGUCUUGCAUCCUAACUCGAGGCCAGAAAUUUAUCGUAUUUUCCUGGAGAAGCUUUCAGUUACCGGCUUGGCAUCAAUUGCUUAUUUGGUUUUGGAAGAGCUAGAGAAACAUGGAUUUAUUGUGGAUGACACUACUUACAGUAAUCUUGUAGCAGGGAUAUACAAAGAGAGGAAAUAUGCAGAUGCGUACAAAAUAUUCAACCAUGCUUUAGCUAGAAGCUUGGUCCUCGGCUCGGAUGUUACUGUUAUUCUGAUUCCUCAGCUGUGUAUUGUUAGUGUUCCGAAAGCUAAUUUACUGGAAGAGACUGAACUAGGAAAAGAUUCAUCCUCUUCAUUUUCUUUUGUCGGAGCUCUACAUAGAAGAUUCGGUGUGAGAGGAAAGGUUAAAGAAGCAGCCAGUCUGCUACAGGGUAUACUGUCAAAAGGGUUACUUCCAAAUCCAGAAAUUUGUGAAAUUUUCUUCCAAGGAUAUUGCAAAGCAGGUAACCUGAGGAAAGUCAAAGAGUUGCUUGGUAUCUUGAUGCGGAAAAGUUUAACCCUUUCAAUACCCAGCUAUCGAAAUUGGGUCCGAUUGAUGUGUAGAGAGAGUAGGUACGAUAUGGCAUUAAACAUCAAGGACCUAGUAACAGCAAGAGAGACAGAGUCUGAUAUCCUUGUGAUUUACUAUAACAUUCUAGUUUUCUAUCUACUCUCAGCAGGUAACAGAGAGCUUACAAGGAGCGUUCUGAAUGAAAUGGAGGCAAAGCACUUACCCUUCAAUGAUGCCACUUAUAACUUUCUUAUAGAUGGGUUUGCCAAAUGCAAAGAUGUUUCAAGCUCUAUUUACUACAUGUCUGCCAUGGUUUCAAUGGACCUUCAGCCAAGCUCCAGCAGCUUGAGAAGCUUAGUAUCCUGUCUACUCAAGCAAGACGAUUCUAGUAAGGUCUUGGACUUGAGUCGAGAAAUGGAAUCAAAAGGCUGGGUUCAUGGUUCCAUCCUUCAAAACGCAGUUGCAGAGCAGUUACUUGUCCAAAAUAAGUUCGAAGAAGCAGAGAAUUUCCUGGAUAGGGUUGUGGAUAAAGGUUUAGCUCCAGAUACCAUUAAUUAUGACCGUCUAAUCAAGCUAUUUUGCUGUUAUGGAAGAACAAGCAAAGCUAUUGAUCUUCUGAACAUAAUGCUGAAAAAAAGAAACCUCCCAAACUCGAGGAGCUACGACUACAUAAUUCAUAGUCUUUGCAAACACAAUAAAGUGAACGAAGCUCUUGAUUUCCAUGCUGAGUUGUUGGAUAGAGAUGAUGGUAAGCCGAGCAUUGAGACAUGGAGUUUGUUGGCUCACAAGCUGUGCCAGGAAGGAAGAGCCUCAGAAGCAGAAGAGCUUCUCCAUGCCAUGCUUGCAGCUGGAGAAAUCCCUGGGAGAGAGAUGUACUCUUGCGUGAUUGAGAGUUACCGUUCAGAGAACAAUCUACGAAAUGCUUCCAAGGUGAUGGGAAUGAUGCAGAGAAGUGGAUAUGAUCCAGAUUUUGAGUCUCACUGGUCUUUGAUCAGCAACUUGAGCACCAGUUCCAUGGUGAAAGAGGCUGAUAAUGAUAAGACAAGUGGUGGGUUCUUAACUGGGCUUCUGUUUGGCAGUGGCCAUCCUGUCAGAACUAGAAGCAACUCUAAUAGGAUUAAUAAACCUCUGUAAAUGUUUGAUAAGUUGAGUCUCUGUUAAUGACCAUAGCUCGAUAACUAAUAUCCCAUAUCUGCAUAUUAAUUCCAGAGACUUUGACAUGUUAGUUAGAUCAGCUUCUCCCUGGAAGCUUUUCCUGCCCCGUUUGUUUUAUUUCAGCAACUACCAGCUGAUGCAGUUGCCGGGUACAAACCGUGUCCUGGAACCAAAUGGGGUUGGUUGGUUCAGUAAGUAGGGGAGGUGUUUGGAUUUGUUCAAUUUGGGAAUUUCAAUAUACCAUUCCUGACCUAAACAACACAGAACUUAAACCUUUUUUGGAAAAUAGAUGUAGCUAAAAAUG